AUGGCUGGGGAAGACAAGAAUAGCAAUACUUCACAAAGUAAUAUCACUACUACGGUCGAUGAUGUCGCUGAUCCAAAUCCAUGCAAACGAAAUCUUCAACCCAAUAAGUUGGUCUUUUUCAACGAGUCAGGGGAGCGGCAUGAAAUUUAUCUUCCCAAGGGAACCUUUCAAAGAGCCCUGGAUCUUCUCAAAGCUAAGAAUUGGGAUGAACUCUCUAAAUUUCCUGUCUAUACCGGUCAAGGAUACGAAGAAUGGGAUUAG